CUCGGAACUUAACGGUUGAACUGCUAUCAGACGUGGAGUUAAGUCAACCAGGCAGUGCACAGAUAACCCGUAAUGAAAUAUGGUAUGGAUUACCAUUGCGAUUUAUGGAUUUGCUUUUCUUUGACACCGGAAACACGGAGAUGUAUUUUGUUCUAAAAUAAAGAUAUGACAUGUGUUUUCUUCAGUGAAGAAAGCCAAAGCUCGCUCAUCGAUCGCCUGCAGGGGCAACGUCGCAUUAGCUUAAAAAAAUUGAUCUGUCAGUGACAGACCCACCAGUAUGUCUCCGGUACCCAUCCUCCCGUUGGUGAUUAACUGUCUCAUGUCGGCACUCGGCUGCUUGGCCACAUUGAAGCUCAUUCCUGCUUUCAAAGACCAUUUCAUCUCGGCCAGAUUGUACGGAAUGGACCUAAACAAAACAAUAAAAAAGGAAGUUCCAGAGUCUCAAGGAGUCAUCAGUGGGACGGUCUUCCUCAUCAUCCUCUUCUGCUUCAUCCCAGUGCCUUUCCUCAGCUGCUUUGUAGGAGAUCAGUGCAUGGGCUUCCCACAUGAUGAGUUUGUACAGCUGAUUGGUGCACUUCUGGCCAUCUGUUGCAUGAUCUUUCUGGGGUUUGCUGAUGAUGUGCUGAACCUGCGGUGGAGACACAAGCUCCUGCUUCCCACCAUGGCUUCCCUGCCGCUGCUCAUGGUCUAUUUUACCAACUUCGGCAACACGGUCAUCGUGGUGCCCAAGCCCUUCAGAGCCCUGCUUGGGCUGCACUUGGAUUUGGGUAUCCUCUACUACGUCUACAUGGGAAUGCUUGCAGUGUUCUGCACAAAUGCCAUCAACAUCCUUGCAGGCAUCAACGGCAUCGAGUCAGGUCAAGCCCUGUUCAUCUCCGGCUCCAUCAUCCUCUUCAACCUGCUGGAGCUUGGUGGAGAUUACCGUGAUGACCAUGUUUUCUCCCUCUACUUCAUGAUACCGUUCUUCUUCACUACAUUAGCACUUUUUUACCACAACUGGUACCCCUCAUCUGUGUUUGUGGGAGACACUUUCUGCUACUUUGCUGGGAUGACCUUCGCUGUAGUCGGCAUCCUGGGACACUUCAGCAAAACAAUGCUGCUGUUCUUCAUUCCUCAAGUGGUUAACUUUGUCUACUCCUUGCCUCAGCUUUUUCACAUCAUCCCCUGUCCCAGACACCGGCUCCCCAGGCUGAAUCCAGACACAGGCAAACUGGGAAUGAGCUACUCUAAAUUCAAAAGAAAGGACCUCUCUAAAUUAGGACACCUCAUCCUGAAGGUGGCAGAGUUACUGAAGCUGCUAGAGGUGCGAAGAGGCCAGGAGGGAGAUGAUGAUUUUAUUGAGUGCAACAACAUGACCUUAAUAAAUCUGGUCCUGAAAUUACUCGGUCCCACCCAUGAGAGAAACCUCACAGUCAUCAUGCUCAUCAUACAGGUGAUGGGCAGUGCACUAGCUUUUGGGAUCCGUUAUCAUCUGGUGCGUCUCUUCUACGACGUCUAGACAGCUCUCCGGGAAAGUGGAGAGAAUCCUGACUGAAAAAAUAGGAUAUUGUUAUGGGACUAUUUUACAGGAUCGUGGUUCAUCUGCCUUUUUAAGUCCAUUACCUCACUGUUACUUUUCUGCCUCAGACUCUAACUGCAGUAAAGGCCCAGUGCAAGGUUUAAGUCUAUAUUUCUCUUUGGUACAACUUUUUCACAUACAAGCAUGAACAGCGAAGGGUCUGACAUCAACAGCAGUACGGUUUGUUAUUCUCCUGGUCUCAGUAAGUACAAGCAGGAAAAUGUAACUGGAUCUUAAUUAUCUUGUAUCCACGCUGAAAGCAUAUUUUUGUACUUGUUUUUUAAAGGAAAGGAAAGUAAAGUAAGUGGGGAUGACUUCCAGUCUUCAGAGCAGCCACCAUCAAUGGCUGACUGCUACUAAACUGUUGCGAUUUGACUGAUGGAUGUAGAAGUGCUCUGAAAAUAUAAAAAUAUUCACACAGUGGUCCAUUGGUUGAAUCUGCUGUUGAACAAAAAUGUACCCAAUCACUCUUCAUUUUGCAUAACUAUCAAUCCAUUCAACAUGGGUGGUUAGUUUCUUUUUUGUUUGUUAUUUUUACUGCUGAACAAACGUGCACAGAACGGUGAUUGUGAAGAAAUGCAGUGAGAAGAUAAGGAGGCUAUAAUCACUCAAGACUAGAGUAGGUUCAGCAGACGUGACAAUGUGAAGUCAACCUGCACUGGACUAUUUUGCUUAGGAAUGUAACUACAAACGAGAAACUGUUGAGACAGACCGCACAAACUGAAAAAUAAAAGCAGAGAAAAUUGAAAUAUAAAA